AUGCCUGGUACAAUCACUGGCCCUCGAACUCUUUAUGAUAAAAUCUGGGACGAUCAUGUUGUGGAUGUGAACGAAGACGACCUUGCCCUCAUUUACAUCGACCGUCAUCUUGUCCAUGAGGUCACGAGCCCUCAAGCGUUUGAAGGCCUGAAGAAUGCUGGGAGGCCCGUUCGUCGCCCAGACUGUACUCUUGCCACUGUAGAUCAUAACAUCCCCACCAUUUCCCGGAAAAGCUACAAGUCUGUGAAUACCUUUGUCGCCGAACCCGAUUCGCGUGCGCAGGUCAUGCAACUGGAAGAGAACGUCAAAGACUUUGGGUUGUCCUAUUUUGGGCUAUCUGACAAGCGCCAAGGCAUAGUGCAUAUCAUUGGACCCGAACAAGGCUUCACGUUGCCUGGCAUCACUUGCGUGUGCGGUGACUCACACACUUCAACACAUGGUGCCUUUGGUUCCCUGGCGUUCGGUAUUGGAACCUCCGAGGUAGAACAUGUCCUCGCUACCCAAACUCUUUUGCAGAGGAAAGGCAAAAAUAUGCGCAUCACUGUCGAUGGUGAGCUUGUCGAAGGUGUUGGCUCAAAAGAUGUCAUUUUACACAUCAUCGGUGUCAUCGGAACUGCUGGUGGUACCGGAAGUGUUAUCGAGUACGCUGGUUCGGUAUUCCGCAACAUGAGCAUGGAGGCUCGCAUGAGUGUUUGCAAUAUGAGCAUCGAGGCCGGUGCUCGUGCAGGCAUGAUUGCACCCGACGAUGUCACUUUUGCAUAUUUGCGGAACCGUCCCCUCGCUCCCAAGGGCGAGGAAUGGGACCGUGCAGAGGCAUACUGGAAGACUCUCAGGAGUGACGAGGGCGCUAAGUUUGACAUUGAGGUCAAUAUUAACGCCGCAGAUAUCCCUCCUACCGUCACCUGGGGUACCUCCCCCCAGGAUGUUGUCGCGAUUACUGGCAAAGUCCCCAAUCCGUCCACCAUAUCUGACCCUUCGAAACGUGCAUCGGCCGAGCGGGCCUUAGCUUAUAUGGGCCUGCAGGCAAACACGCCCAUGGAGGACAUUUCUCUUCAGAAAGUGUUCAUCGGGUCCUGCACAAACAGCCGCAUAGAAGAUCUUCGAUCCGCCGCCCGGAUCGUCCUUGCCGCCGGUCCCGAUGCUAAGGUCGCCUCAAAUGUACAGGCCAUGGUUGUUCCCGGAUCUGGUCUGAUCAAACAACACGCUGAGGCGGAAGGGUUAGACGCCAUUUUCAAGCGUGCAGGGUUUGACUGGCGUGAGGCCGGUUGCUCAAUGUGCCUGGGCAUGAAUCCAGAUCAGUUGGCCCCUGGUGAGCGCUGCGCUAGUACUAGCAAUCGCAACUUCGAAGGCCGUCAGGGUGCCGGUGGUCGCACACACCUCGUCAGCCCUGCUAUGGCUGCGGCAGCAGCUAUGACGGGCAAGCUGACAGACGUUCGCAAGUUUUUCGGCGCAGAUGCAGAGGAAAAGGUUGCUGCUGGUCCUAAGUUGACUCUCGCGAGUGCCCUCGACUUCUUGACUGAGUUUACCGGACCUGCGACCGAGUCAGAGCGCCCAUCGCACACUCAGACCGCAAUUCCUACCUCUUUGCCGCCUGCUUCUUCUGGCUCCGGAGUCCUGAAGUUCGUUAUUGUGAAAGGCAUUGCUGCAUCUUUGCAUAACGACAAUGUUGACACCGACAUGAUCAUCCCGAAACAGUUUUUGAAAACUUUGAAGCGGACCGGUCUUGCCAACGCUUUGUUCUUCGCUCAGCGCUUCGACCCGAAAACCGGGGAAAAGACGGACUUCAUUCUUAACAAGUCUCCUUACGACCAAGCCAAGAUUCUCAUCUGCACUGGCAAGAAUUUUGGUUGUGGUAGCUCCCGGGAGCACGCAGCUUGGGCUCUGAAUGACUUCGGAAUCCGCUGCGUAAUCGCGCCAAGUUUUGCAGAUAUCUUCCGUAACAACACGAUGCAAAAUGGCAUGCUGCCCUUACCCUUGUCUGAGGAAGACUGCAAGGACCUCGCUACGGAUGCUGAGGCAGGCAUAGAGAUUGAGGUGGAUCUCGAGAAGCAGGAAGUUAGACGUAGUGGAAAGCCGGCUAUCACGUUCAGCAUCGAUCCAUUUAGGCGACACUGCCUUGUCAACGGGUUGGACGAUAUCGGCCUGACUCUGCAGAGGGGGGAGGCCAUUGCUUCAUUUGAGGAGAAACGCAGUGCUCUCUGGUCGUGGUUAGAUGGAUUCGGAUACCAGGGUCAGAAGAUCCCUGUUGCAGGUAUAAAACCAGGCAAGAAGAUGGAAUGGUAA